AUGCACCCGGCGCAUCGCGCCGAUCUGGCGUGCCUGCUGCGGGAGCUACGCGACAUCACCGAGCAGCUUCUGCCCAGCUGCCGCCCCCGGGAGCUCUCCACCAUUGCCGCAGGCUUCGCGCGUCUCCGCGCCGCCGACCGGCGGCUGAUGCAGCUGCUGCUCGCACGCUGCCCGCUGCGCGCGCUGCGGCCGCAAGAGCUGUCGCAGCUCGCGUGGGCCGUAGCCAAGUCGCAGCACAACCCCGACGCGGCCUGGGUGGAGGAGCUGCUGUCGACGUCGCAGCGGGUGCUGGACUCCACAGCGGCGGACGCCGCUGUGACGGCCGCAUGCGGCAGCCGCGCCGGGGCCGCCGGGCCCGCCGGCAAGCAGCAGCAGCCGCGCUGCGCGGGCAGCAGAGGGGCCGGCGCGCCGCGGCCCGUCGUGCUAGGUGAGGAGGGGUUCAAGCCACAGGAACUCUGCAACGUGGCUUGGGCGCUCGCCGUGCUGCAGCGCCGCUGCGCGCUCGUCACGGGCCCCGGCCCCGCCGGCGGCCCCGCGUGCGCGCGCGUGCAGCCGAGCUGGUUCGCUGCGCUGCGGGGCGCCGCCCUCGCGCAGCUGGCCGGCUUCGGGCCGGGCGACGCGGCCAUGUGCCUGUGGUCGCUGGCGGCGCUCGGCCAUUCGCCGCCAGAUGCUUGGCUGGGCGUGUUCGCGGCGCGUGCGGCGGGGCUGGCGCCGCGCAUGGAGGAGCCGCACGUUGCGGCGACGCUCUGGGCGGUCAGCAGGAUGCGGCGCGCCGCGGGCGGCGCGCCGCUCGGGGCUUGUCUAUGCAGCAGCAGCAGUAGCAGCAGCAGUAUCAGCACCAGCAGCAGUAGCAACAGCGGGGGCGGCGGCAGCGGCAUGCCAGGCAUCCCGCCGCUGGGUUCCUCCAGCACCGCUGAGUUCUUACAGACCGGCACGCCUCUGACCAGCAGCAGCGACCACCUUCACGGCCGCGGCACCUCGGGCGAGGCGACGCCGCAUGGCGGCGGCGGCGGCGGCACCAGCGGCGACGAGGCCGCGGCGGGCGUGGCUCAUCUGGUCGGCGCGCUGCAGGCGCGUGCCUUCUGCCUGCUGCCCGCCAUGCGGCGGCCCAUGCUCAACGUGACGCUCGCGCUGUCGGCGAGCGCGCGCAUGGGGGCGCCGCCGCCCGCGGAACACGUGCACGCGAUGCUGCUGCGGGUGCAGGCGCUCCUGGCUUGGGGCGGCGCCGCAGACGGCCACUGGCGCUCGCCAGCAGCGGCGUCGGAGCAUGGCCUGGCAGCAGGCCAGCCGGCAGCGGGCGGCGGGGCGGCGGCGAGGCCCGCGGCGGUGGACCGGCUGCGGGAGCACCAGGAGAGCGAGCGGCGGCACACCGCCGCGCGGGAGCGCGUCAGGCAGCGCGGCUGGUCCCCCAGGGACCUCGCCACGGUGGCGUGGGCGCUCGCGGCGCUGGGGUACCGGCCGUCGGACGCCUGGCUGGGUGCUGCAAUCGCGUCCGCGUCCGCCGUCCUGCACACGUUCCACAACCGCGAGCUCAGCCUGCUGCUGCACUCGCUCGUGCGCCUGCGCGCCCGCCCGCCCGCCGCAUUCGUAGGCGCCGCGGCGCGCGUCUCAUUAAGCCACUCGGCGUCGUUCAACGCGCAGAGCGCGGCGCACGUGGUGUGCGCGCUUGCGCGGCUCCGCGCGCCGCGCCGGCCGGGGGCGGGGCAGGCGGCGACGCUGCUGCAGGUCUUCCUGUCGCGCGUGGACGACAGCGUCGAGGGUACAGCGCGGAACGUGGCGGCGGUCGCAUACCGGCUGCCCGACCUCAUCCGGCCCGCGCGGCUCAAGGCGCUGCCGGAGGGCGCGUGGCCCCGCCACGCGCCCGGCCGGGAGCUGCUCGCGCGACUCGCGUCGGCGGCGCGCGCGCGGCUGAGGGACUGCUCGGCCGCCGACCUGGCGCUGCUCGCGGCGGGGUUUGCGCGGCUGCGGCACCACCCGGGGCAGGAGUGGCUGGAGGCGCACGCGCGGCGCUGCGCGGUGGUUGACGCGCAGUUCAGCGAGCGGGAACGCGCGCGACUAGAGGCUGCACUGGCGGUCAUCGCCGCGCUGCCCAAGCCACAAGAGCAAGCCGCCAAUGCUCCGCAUUUCGGCAUGCAGUGCCUGUGA